AUGGGUGAGAGAGGGGACGAAGCUCUAACUCCCGCGGGGAGGCUGUUCCUGCAGAAAGAAAUGAAGCAAGUAAUUCACUGUGUGAUAGGGUUGAAGAACCCCAUCCACGUGGAGUUGGUGAAAUCGGAAGUGCGGAACUCCACCAUGCUCCAGCACCCGCGCUUCACCAGCCUCAUGGUGAGAGACAAAAGAGGAGUGGAGCACUGGCGGCCCACUCAGAUAGACAUCGAUCGGCACGUGCGCGUAAUCGACGAGGCGCUUGGGGAGGAAGGGAAUGAAAGGGCCAUCAACAACUACCUUGCUGAAUUAUCCAUAGACAGUGAUGGGCUUAGCAUGGAGAAGCCCCUCUGGGAAAUCCAUCUUCUCAUGGCCCACAAGUGCAUUAUUUUUCGAAUCCAUCACGCCCUGGGAGAUGGCAUUUCUUUGAUGUCCAUGUUCCUCGCCAGUUGCAGGAAACUCAAUGAUCCCCAAGCCCUCCCCACCAUCGCUGCUGCAUCUACCACUUCACAUACUUCUAACCCUUCCUCCUCCUCUAUCCUCUUCAAUUUCUGGAAUCUCCUUGUCACUCUCUGGUUUUGUUUCGUCUUUUCCCUCGACUUUAUCCUUAAGUGUUUGUGGAUUUGUGACCCCAAAUCCACCAUAUCAGGUGGCGCCGGCGUCGAGCUCUGGCCCCGCAAAAUAGCUACUGCCACUUUCUCCCUCCAAGACAUGAAGACCGUCAAGACUGCUGUUAAUGCGACCAUAAAUGACGUCCUAUUUGCAGUUAUAUCAUCUGGGAUAUCUAGAUACCUGGACUUCCGAGCACCUAAUGGGUUGCGAGACGGUGUUCAGCUAACAGGGUUAGCAAUGGUUAAUUUAAGAAAGCAGCCAGGAUUGCAGGAAUUAUCCAAUUUGAUGAAAAGCAAUUCAGGAGCAAGGUGGGGUAACAAAUUUGGUAUGAUUCUCCUGCCAAUAUAUUAUCACAGAAGCAACACUUCAGAUCCUUUAGAAUAUUUGAAGAGAGCUAAGACAACCAUUGACAGAAAGAAACGAUCUCUGGAAGCCAGUUUCUCGUACAAAAUUGGAGAUUUAGUAAUGUCCACCCUUGGCCCAAAGUUUGCCAGCCUUCUGAAUUACCGGAUACUCUGCCACACUACCUUUACAAUCUCAAACGUGGUUGGUCCACAAGAGGAGAUAAUGAUUGGAGGCAAUCCUAUAACGUUCUUUAGAGCAAAUAAUUCUGCCUUGCCACAUGCACUGAUUUUGAAUAUGGUGAGCUAUGCUGGAAGGGCAGACAUGCAAGUGCAGGUGGCCAAAGACAUCAUUCCCGAUCCUGAGUUUCUUGCCAAGUGUUUUGAAGAUGCAUUGCUUGAAAUGAAGGAGCAGGUUAUGGCCAAAAUCUGA